GUCGGAGUUGAGGCCAGGCAAGUUAUUGGGAGAUGAGCCGAACCGAGCCUGGAAGUGCACAUGGUUCGGAACCACAUCUUUUAUGAUUCUGCAACAGAACUCUAGAUAUGGACUUUGUGGGGAGGAUUUAUGACAUGCCGAUCUUAUUGUCAGUAUCGCCGACUCAGAGCUGCUCCUGUCGUCACGCGCUGUUUGUGCCUCAGACGACGUGUUUUUCCUCCACCGAGGCACGAGUGGGGAUCAGUUUGACUCCUUCACCAUGACUAGUCGUCGUUGGUCAGACAGUAGCUGUGAGCCUACGCAGAUCCUUUCUCACAACCUCCCUGGACUCCAAUCUGAUGGACUGUUCAGAUCACAAUUCAGCCUCCCUGUGGUGUCACCGAGAUCGUAACCACUCUGGAGGCUACCUAGAGAAGCUGUCUACCUGGAAGUGGGUUCUGCUCCAGGUAGACUAUCGAAAUGCACCGCAACACAGUCUACGGCCACGACGAGUGGAGAAGGCAUAAGUCUUCGUGGCGCCAUGCCCGGCACGUUAUCUCCAUAGCGGCGUCGGGUGUGAUCGCUGCGCUUGGCCCGCCUGUUCUAUUGAGCACCAUUACUGCGGUUUUCGUCACAGUGAUCAACCACGGCGUACAACACAUGCUGGUCGCUAGCUGGGUGCCUUACCUCAAAGUGUCCCCUAUACCCUUCACUUUCAUUUCGCCAGUUCUAGCCUUCCUUCUUGUCUUCCGCACCAACUCUUCCUAUCAGCGCUUCGACGAGGCUCGGAAAGUUUGGGGUUCCAACGUAAACAGGUGCAGAGACUUGGCAAGACAAGCUUUGUCGUGGAUUAAAAAUCCAGAAGAUGCCGCCAGAUUGGAGUGUUUAUUGCGCUUUCUGAAAGCUUAUCCAUAUUAUCUAAAGCUCCAUUUGACUCAAGAGGGUCCGAGUUCUAGCACGACUAGUGAGAUCAAAGAUAUACUGAAGGACGAAGAGUUCCACAAGGUCUCGCUGGUACAAAAUCAACCCAUCUAUGUGCUGCAAGUGAUUUCGGAGAUUAUUAGCCAGUGUCAUAUUCCAAACUGGGAGAAGAUCUGUAUGGACGCCAAUCUGACUCAGUUCCAUGAUAAUGUGGGUGCAUGUGAGAGGAUAUUCAAAACACCCAUUCCCAUUGCUUACACAAGAAUGACAUCUCGAAUGUUGAUCAUGUGGCACUUGGCGUUACCGUAUGGUCUGUGGAAUGAUUGUAGAUGGUUGACAAUUCCUGCCACUUUUAUGAGCAGUGCUGCAUUGUUUUACAUUGAGCAGGUCGGGGUUGUAAUAGAAGAGCCUUUCUGCAUUUUGGCACUGGAUUCUAUCUGCGGCGGGAUCAGGUCGGCAAUUGACAUGUUCCGUGCAACACGCGAGGACGUUUUCCUACUGACAGAGAGUAUUCGCUCGGAGCACCCGAAGAAAACUGAUACUACCAAGAAUCUGGAGCAGAUAAUAGAAAUGGAGUCUAUGGAUUCUGAUCCCCUGGAAGAGACGUCCAAAGAAGAUGAAGUGAUGCUUGGUUUGGGCAGGUCUAAGUCUUAUAAGUCUUACAGCGGAAGAAAGUUCUUCGACAAAUCAAGAUCUCAUUCUCAUUCCACAACUAGCCUUUAUGGGGACUUGAAUGUUGGUUUCUCGAAGUUGAAGUCUGUAAGUUGAAUGAUGGUUGGCAGGGUGUUGAGUGAACGUGAAUGACAAGCAAACGUGUCCGACUCUACGCAGACAAAGUAUUUUUCAAAUCUGCCAAAAGUAAGACUAGGGUCGCAUGAGGUUAAGUCACAAAAGUAAACCUCAUAAGUCAUUCAGAAGCCUUGCAUGUUCACUGAGGUAGUGUGAGACCAAAGCGAUGUAAGUGAGGAACUGUUAAGAAUAGGCAUAACAGUCAAGAGGCAAAAAUGAGCUGAGGACAAAGUGAGACUUGUUAGAGUGGAACAUAGGGAGUUUUCCAGGCAUUUUACUAAGUUUAUACUCGAAGCAGCACUAUAAAUAUCAUCUCCUUGCAAAUCAAGAUUCGAAUACUUGAGCUUGAAAACCUUAACCACCAAGUAUUCAUAUCUUUACACUGUAAACUUUCCUGCACAUAAAUUUAAAGGAGCUACAAUAAUUUCA